CUACAGACGGAGUUCACUCAAAGAAUGAUCUGUAGCAGUGAGAGGUUGUGGCGGCCCCAUCAGUAGCUGUCACCACGGCGGGGGACCUUCGGACCUCCGUCUGCAGGGUUGUCAUCUACCUCCAAAGGGACAUGUCCGGGGACAGCUGCCUGCCCCAGCAUCACACCCUGUCCCACUCCACCUCCUCAGCCCCUCUUCUGGCGUGUCCCAAGACCAAGACCUGCAGUUACCGAGGAGCGGUGGGCCUGGGCAACAAGUAUGUCCGGAUCAACGUUGGCGGGACCCUGUUUUACACCACACUGCAAGUGCUGACCAGGCUCGACUCCAUGCUGAAAGCCAUGUUCAGUGGAAAGAAAGAAGUGUUCAUUGAUAAAGACGGUUGGAUCCUGAUCGACCGCAAUGGGAAACACUUUGGCAGCAUCCUGUGCUUCCUGCGCGACGGCACAGUCUCCUUACCCAAAGGCCGUCAGGCUGUCCAGGAGCUACUGGCUGAGGCAAAGUAUUACCUCGCCCAAGGCCUGGUGGAGCUGUGUGAAAACUCCCUGCAG